CUGUGGCGUCCUAACUGUCACGUUGCCGUCGUCAGCGUGGGUGCCCGCUUCCAAGAUGGCGGCGGUAGCAGCAGUGGCUGGCGUUGUAGGCCGGGCGGGCUGGAGGCUUCUGCAGCUGCGUUGCCUACCUGUGUCACGCUGCCGACUAACCAUGAUGCCACGUGCCUUCCAUGCUUCAACUGUGCGACUAAGGUCGUCAGAGGAGCACAAGCAGCCACCUCCCCCCUCUUCUUCUGGACAGCAUUCUGAGACACAGGGUACAGAAAAACCUGAUCCAGAACCUCCUCGCCCACCCCCCAGGUACACAGAUCAGAGCGGGGAAGAGGAGGAGGACUAUGAGAGCGAGGAGCAGCUGCAGCACCGCAUCCUGACGGCAGCCCUGGAAUUUGUGCCUGCCCAUGGCUGGACAGCAGAGGCAAUUGCCCAGGGAGCCCAGUCUCUGGGUCUCUCCAGCGCAGCAGCCAGCAUGUUUGGGAACAACGGCAGUGAGCUCAUAUUGCAUUUUGUGACCCAGUGCAAUGCUCGGCUUACCCACAUUCUGGAAGAGGAGCAGAAGCUGGUGCAGCUGGGCCAGGCAGAGAAGAGGAAGACAGACCAGUUCCUGAGGGAUGCAGUGGAAACCAGACUGAGAAUGCUGAUCCCGUACAUUGAGCACUGGCCCCGGGCCCUCAGCAUCCUGCUGCUCCCUCAAAACAUCCCACCCAGCCUAAACCUGCUAACCAGCAUGGUGGAUGACAUCUGGCAUUAUGCUGGCGAUCAGUCCACUGACUUUAACUGGUAUACACGUCGAGCUGUGCUGGCUGGCAUCUACAACACGACAGAGCUCGUGAUGAUGCAGGACUCAUCCCCAGAUUUUGAGGACACUUGGCGCUUCCUGGAAAACCGGAUUAAUGAUGCAAUGAACGUGGGCCAUACUGCUAAGCAGGUGAAGUCCACUGGAGAGGCACUGGUGCAAGGACUCAUGGGUGCAGCAGUGACACUCAAGAACCUGAGCGGUCUAAACCAGCGCCGGUGAGAAGGAGAAUAAGCCAAAGUGCCUGGAAGAAAACAAUCAAGUAGAUUUAACGGGGUUUGAGAAGUAUGAAGCAGCUUCCAUGGAAUAUGAUGUUAAUGAGCACACACUGGAGGAUUCCAGAGACACUCCCACAGCCACCUGGAAAUCACAGGGCACUUGAUGCUGCAGUUCUAGCCUGGCACUGGUCUACCUUUUCAGUUCCCAAUAGCAGGCCUGACCUUCUGAUGCUUUUGUGUAUUGCAGCCAUGUGACUGAAAAAUAUGACGCAUCAAAGCCACAGGAAGCUAAGCACACUGCUGUUGUGGUCGGACAGGCAUCCUGAUCAUGGCUUAACUGCCUUAGAAACGCUCCCAGGGUUCCCAAGACAGAGCAAAGAUCUGAAGCUGCCACAAGAUGGCAGCUCAUCCCCAGCACAGCACAGGCAUGAGCACAGUUCCUGGUGCUGGCCUAAGCAGCCUCUCCUGUGGAUCCCCUCAGAAAGUUGCCUGCCUGAGACAGGUACCCUCUGGGAAAGUAGUGUGAUUCAAGUCCUGUCAUCACAUUACACCAAUAUGCAUUGAAGGUUAUCAGUGUAUUUAGAAAUAAAAAAAUAAAUUGUAAAAAAUAAAUAUGUUUGAAGCA